GAACCUCCACACUGAUUUCUUCAGUGGCUGCACCAGUCACCAACAGUGGAAUAAGUUUGAAAGAAACAGGUCUGAAAGAAAGUCUUAUCCCCAGCUGGCUCUGAACAUAGUGUUUGACAGAUCUUCAAACAUCAACUUCAACUUUGUCCGCCAACCUGUCUGACAUAUCGGGACCCAUGCCAAGCAGGGCCAGAGUUUACACAGAUGUUAAUACGCACAGACCCCGAGAGUACUGGGAUUAUGAGUCACAUGUGGUGGAAUGGGGAAAUCAAGAUGACUACCAACUGGUUCGAAAACUAGGCAGGGGUAAAUAUAGUGAAGUAUUUGAAGCCAUCAAUAUCACAAAUAAUGAAAAGGUGGUCGUUAAAAUUCUCAAGCCAGUAAAAAAGAAGAAAAUUAAGCGUGAAAUAAAGAUUUUGGAGAAUUUGAGAGGAGGACCCAAUAUCAUCACGUUGGCAGACAUUGUAAAAGAUCCUGUGUCACGAACCCCCGCCUUGGUUUUUGAACAUGUAAACAACACAGACUUCAAGCAAUUGUACCAGACGUUAACAGACUAUGAUAUUCGAUUUUACAUGUAUGAGAUUCUGAAGGCCCUGGAUUAUUGUCAUAGCAUGGGAAUUAUGCACAGAGAUGUAAAGCCCCAUAAUGUCAUGAUUGAUCAUGAGCACAGAAAGCUGCGGCUAAUAGACUGGGGUCUGGCUGAGUUUUAUCAUCCUGGUCAAGAAUAUAAUGUCCGAGUUGCUUCUCGAUACUUCAAAGGCCCUGAGCUACUUGUAGACUAUCAGAUGUAUGAUUAUAGUUUGGAUAUGUGGAGUUUGGGUUGUAUGCUGGCAAGUAUGAUCUUCCGGAAGGAGCCAUUUUUCCAUGGACAUGACAAUUAUGAUCAG